AUGCUUGUUUGUGAUUAUUAGGAAACUUGAAUAGAGGAAAUAGUUUGGAAUCUCUAUUUUUUUUCACUCCGCAUCAUUUUUUAACUCUAAGAAAUUAGAACCAUCUCUUCAAUUCUAGUGUCUUAACUUCAUUUAGAAAUUAUUUUUUUUUUAGUAUUUAGAAAUGGAACCUAAAUGGGAAUUUGAAUGUCCCCAGUUUGUUGAUUUUACUCAAAAUGUAUCUGAAGAUGAAGACAGCGAUUCUUGGUUUGACGUUGAUCACGAGGCCGACAUAAAUGACAUCUCACUUUUCAUGCCUGAAGGACAAAAUGCUAUCAUAGCCCAAGCAAUGCCAGUUGUUGUUGCCAAGCCAACCAAAAAGGAGCCUCCUGAAAAUGUUACCAAUGCUGAUGGUAAAGCAAAUACAGGUGUGUCUAGUAAAGAUCAGUCUAACAAUAAGCAGUCUCCGUUGAAGAAUCGCUCAAAUAUAUGUUCUUCUGUGGAAGAAUUUAAUCGCAAAUUCAAGAACAAACCUGUUGCCUCUGUUGUUGGUAAAGAGAAUCAAGCAAAUAAAGGACCACGAAGGGUUUUGAGAAACCCUCAGCCAGAUUCAGAGCAACCUACUGUAGGGAUCUUUAAGUCAUCAAAAAAAGAAUCAGAGCCACAACCUAACAAAUCUGACCAACCAGAAGGAAAUAAUCACCAAAGAAGUCUUAGUAAAGAUGCUAAUUCCAAGAUUGAUCCAGUAUGUUCUACAAAUAAAAAAACAAAUCAAAGUAUGUCAAAACUCAGAGAAAGUAAAUCUGGAUCUACAGAGAAACUAAACAAAAGUAAUCUGAGACGUUCAAUCUCUUCAAGCAGUAUCAACAAAGUAGCGCCUAAAGAUAAAUUUCAAUUCAGGCGUUCAGGUUCCUUGGAUAAGCUGGCUGUCAAGAACACGGCUCCAAAGUUAAAAGAAAACCUUCUCAGAACAUCUAAACCCAUGACUUAUGAGGAAAUUGAACGACAACAGAUGGAAAUCGCACGAAAUAAGGCUUUGGAAGCUAAGAAAAUGGCUGCAGAAUCACUGAAAAGAGUGAAGAAUUCCAAGGGAUAUCAGCCUAUUACCUCCAACAAAAAAUUGACAGUUGCAAAAGAAUUUCAGUUCAGCUCUGAUAAACGACUCCGUAGUCACUCAGUUGACAAUGUAAAAUCUCCAAUUACAGAAUUGUCUCAGAUCUUGCGCAAAGAAGACAAAAGUUGCCCAGCAUCAAAGAUGCCAACAAGGACAGUUGUUCAACCUUUUAAGUUUAGUGAAAUGAAUCACAAGACUACAGCCACUAAUAUCAAAUUUCAGUCAGUAGCAGAACAAAUUAAUAACUUCUCUAGGAAAACUCCAGAUCGCUAUAGGUCUCAUACAAAAGAACCUGCUCCAAAGAAAGCUUGGUGUGCACCAAGAUGCACCAUUGCCAAGUCUCCUCAGUUGAGCAGCAAAGAUAGGUUACGACCUGUACGUGUUCUCAGCAAGAAGGAGUUGGAAGAGAAAGAACUGGAAGAGAUAAAGAUGAAUCAAUUCAAGGCAAAGGAUGUAAAUAGGAAGAUCCUUGAGGCACCUGUUGGUGUGAAAGAAGUACCAAAGAAAGAGCCAACUGUUGUGAAACCAUUUGAUUUGCCUGGCAGCAAGAUUCCUUCAACAAAGAGGGCUUGUACUGAUGAUGAAAUUGAUUACCGAUUCCGUGCUCAGCCUGUUCCUACUGAAAUACUUCGAGGAGUUGUGGGUGUGAAAGAAGCUGAAUCUCUUCCAGUGACUAUUCCAGCCUCUCCUGCUUUUGCAUUGAAACAACGUAUCCAUCGACCUCAUAUAGAAGAACCUAAACAGGAGAAUUUGAUAAAGAAGCCAAAGUUCAGACCUUACAUCCACAGUGGCAUAAGGUUUGAACCAAAAUUAGACCAUCGGUGUACAGUGAUAGAACCUUUCACUUUUGAUGAUCGGAUGAGGGAGUAUUUGAUGAAAAAAGAAGAGCAUAUUAAGAAAAUAAAAGAGGAGAGUGAAAAGGUAUCUGAAUUUUAUGCCAAUCCAAUCCCUAAUUAUAAGCCUGGUCUCCCUGCCAAAAAGCCUUUGGUUUUGACAAAACAAGAGCCAUUCAAAUUGUUAAUUGAAGAACGUGUUGAAAAGAGGAUUGAAGAGAAACAGCGUCAGCUUGAAGAGGAAGCCAGAUUAUUUGAAGAAAAUAUGAAGUUUAAAGCACAACCUUGUGAUAUCAUCAAUAAAACCCCAUUUGUACCACAACUGGAUCAUAAAUGCACAGUUGAGGUUGCUGAGUUCAAGCUAAACACAGAGGUGCGUCAAGCUCAACGUCAGCAGUAUUUUGAGAAGAAGAAGGCACAUGAGAUGGAGGUACAGGCAUCACAAAUGGAGCAGGAACAGCUGAGGAAAGAGGAAGAAGAGAGAGAAAUCCAACGGCUAAGGGCUGAGGCUGUACACAAAGCCAAGCCAAUUCGACAUUAUAAAGCAGUUGAGAUUCAGCGUAAUUUGCUACCCCCUACUAUUCCUCAGACUCCAAAAUUCUGUUAUAAGAGCCGUGUGCGCAAUGUGAAAGCUGACAACUAAGGUUUCAAGGUGUUUGAUUCUUUCUUGGUUCUUAGAUCUUUUAGAUUGUUCCUAUUCAUGAAGAUGAAUUUACUUUAAAUAUUUUAAUAUUUCAACUUUGUUUCUCUUCAAGAACCAGGUGAUAAUUCUGACCAGCCAUACACCUACUCUCAUUGACCUGUUUUUUUUUGUUUUUUUUCAUUUCUCAUUUUCUUCUGAAAAGUCAGUGUCUGUUAUUAAGGCAUUUCCUUGUCACAAUUUGAUUUUCUUUGUGUAUGGCAUAGCAUUACAUAAGAUGUUGGUGGUUCAUUUCAUCUAACUUGUAUCACUAAUGGCCUUGAGAGAAAACUGUGACACAAUCUUGUUCAUCCUUCUUUCUGCCUGCUAGAUAUAAAAGCAACACAAAAAUACCUGAAUAUUACUUAUCUUCAGUUUAUGCUAGAGAUUUGUGAAUUUAGUGAAGAUAACAUUAAAAUCUUAAUUUAAUUCUUUUUAAAAUAAACAUAUAGGAUUUGUCCUUAAUAUUUCCACUUGAUAAGUAAUAUUUCAUUGGUGUUGUUUAUAACAAUUUUAAUGUAUAUAAAACAUCACUUAGCCUGGAAAUAGCUAUAGGUUGAACAUAAUUUAAUGGCAGAUUUUCUACAGCCAGAUGUCCUUGUUGCCAACCCUCACUUGUUUCCAAGCAAGGUGAUGAGGUAAAAUAUAUUUUUUCUUAUGUGGGCAUGGUUUGGAUGAGGUCUCCAAGCAUCUCAUUAAUUGUUAGUCCUUCAUCAUCUGCAAUAUGCAACAAGAAAAUUGGCUGUGUUUACUGUUACAUAUAUCUUGUUUCUUUUGUUAGAUGCUCUACUGGCACUUGAGGUUAUCUGAGACUUAGUCCCCUCUAUGCAGCUGCAUUUGUUCCAACCUUGAUUAAAAAAAAUUUUUUUUUAAAGUUUUUAAAGCUGUAUGCCCUUCCUAUGCCAGCUAUUUCAUGGCAUGACCUACAUGUGUGUAUGUAGAUAAUUUCUUUUUAUUCUAAUCAUGCUUAUCUUUAAAUUAGCACACUAGAUUCCCCUGACUCUACAUUGAGUUUUUGAUCGUUUUAAGGUAUAGUUUUCUAAUUUAUUUGUCUAUGAAAGAUGCUGCUUUCAGGUUCUUUAAUUUACUGGUAAAGAGUUUUUAAUCCAAUCAUGAAAGAGAAUUCAUCCUCUCUUUUCAAGCAUCAUUGAGCUCAACAAUUCUGUUUGAUAUCAAACUUUCUACUAAUGUUGCAAAUGUCAGUAUAAUUCAUACAAGGUUAUUGAUAAUAAAUUAAAAAACUUCCAUUCAGAUCUCGAACUGUGGCAUGCCACCCAGGCUUUGCUCUUCCUCUCAACUAUGUUAUCCUCUGUGUUUCCAGUCUUUACUCCCGGCUACAGGAAGUCCUCAACCAACUCUAGUAGUUUACCGCCUACAUUCAUAAUCUUCUCUGACUUAAUGUUCUUUACCAGAUACUUCAUCUUAUUCUCAUUCAUUUUCAGCACCACACUCAUUGACACAGUCUCCACCUCCUGCAUCAAUUUCUCUGCCUCCCUUACUGUGUUUGUCACCAGAACUUUGUUGUCAGCAAGUUCAGCUUCUGAUAUCUUUUUAGCCUUGACCCUCCUGCUCUGAGCCAGUGCUACAGUAAAGCCAGUGUCUUGAUGUUCUCCAGCACAGGGCACUGUGAUGAUAAAAAUGUAGAGAGCCCUGGAGCACUCUAGCCAGUAUCUCAAAGAGCUCUGUCAUCCUGUCAGGUGUAAUGACUUGGGCUCUGGUAUUGUAGAGCAGUGAUAUCAAGUCUAUCUUCUUGGGGAUUCCAUAAGCCUGUAUGAUCUUCAUCAAGUGGUGACAGUCCACAGAAUCAAAGGCCUUCAUAAAGUCAAUGAAAACCACAACAGCAGGAAGACUCUUUGCUCUAGCUCCUUCUAAUAUCCUCCUCAGCGUUAGGAUGUGACUGGUGGUUGAGCUUCUCCAUCUCAAGCUGGAUCCUGUUAAGAAUCAUCUUGUUGAGGGUCUUUGCUACCAGUGACAUCAGUAAGAUCCCCUGUAGUUGUUGGUAUAAGAGAGAUCUCCCUUCUUUAGUACUGGGGCGAUGUUACUGAUCCUCCACUGAUUCAGGGCAACCCUUUUUUCUAGUGCCUAGUUACAGAAUUCCAGGACGAUAUCAAAAUCACACAUUCAUCACCUCUGGUACUACUCCAUCUUUUCCAUGGGCCUUUCCAUCCUUGAUCUUCUUGGCUCUCUGAAGCUCCUCUUUGGUGAAGGGUCUUGUCUCAAUAUCUAGUUCCUCAAAUAGCUGCCCGAUCUCCCUAGUGUUCUGGGUUGUGGAAGGUGGCUCUCCUAGUAGGGUCUUAAAAUGGUCCAGCCAUUUACUCUUCCUAUUCUCGGGCCCUGUUCCCUGGAUCUGACACAAACUCCUUCUCUUCCUCCCCAUGAUCUUCUUGAUGAUUGUCCAGCUCUCUUUACACUUAGACCCAUCAACUGCUCUCUUCACACUUCUGAUCUUCUCCAUCAAUGCCUCUUCUCUAGCCUCAGUGUAAGUAGUACAGAGUGCUUUCUUCAUCACCUCCACAUUCUCCUUCCUCUCCUCCAUAAGUUCAGCAAGGAAUUGGUCCUUGGUAGCUUUCAGGUGUUCUCUAGCGGCACACACUUUUAGGUCUACAAAGCUGGCAUUCCUCCUCUUCUCUCUCCUCAGCACCAGGACCUCACUUGCUUCUUCCACUGCUUUGGUGAAGUACUCUUACCUCCUCGUCACACUCUCCUCAGUCCCGCCAAUUUCUCUUUCCUCUCUCUCUCCACACAGAGCACUGAACCUAUUCUUCACUUCUACUGUGUACCUCUCCUGUAGCUUAUCUUCCUUGAAGAAAGAGUCUUACUCUUUCUUAAGCUCAUUUGGACCUUGCUCAUAACAAGCUGGUAGUAGUGUUGACAGUUCUACACACCCCCAUAGAACUCCUCUGCACUUGCAUCACUGUCCCCCUCAGUUUUGGUUUUAUAUAUAUAUAUAUAUAUAUAUAUAUAUAUAUAUAUAUAAUAGCAUAUAAUUGUGUGUUUGUUCACAUAUAUCAGUUUCUUUCCUAACUUCAUUUUUUUUUUUUUUUUUUUGUUGCAGUGUAGUUAAUGACUGAAUUCUGCACUUUUUGCGUGAUUUAACAACUUUUGGUUCACAUCACUUCAAGACGGUCUUCAUCUAUACAACUAGUACUUGUGUAUGUGAAUAUAGACAAAUAUGUAUAUAGUAGUUUGUAUGCAUGUAGGUAUUUGUAUAUAGUAUACUAGCUGAAUGACCUGGCAUUGCCUGGGUUAUUGCUGUUCUUAUUCAGAUUAGCAAACAAUAAAAAAAAUAUCAAAAUCAUAAUAAUAGAAUUUCGAACUGAAGAGUCAUUUCUGAGAUAUGUUAACUUUUGAAGAAGUUCAUGACUGAGUUUAUCAACCAUUUCAUUAGUUUGAGCCAGUAUAGCUCUUUUAUAUAGCCAGUUUACAUCAGUGUAAUUGACAGAUAAACUAGGAAAUACUUUAUCCAUAGGAUCCUUAAGAAAUAGUAUUAUUUGAUUGUAUGUAAUUUCAUGUAGCUGAAGUCUUGAGUUGAAUGUUAAUAUCCCAUUGCCAAUCUUGAAAAGAUUGUAUCAUCACUUUGUAAGAUGAAAUCUCUUGUAAGAUGAAAUUUUUUUUACAUGUCUCCAAACAUAUGAUUUUUGUAGGCAUGCAUGGCCUCGUCAGCUUUUGUUCCUUUGGGGAUAACCAAAAACAUUUGACAAAUCUGCAAGAACCAUUACUUCUCCCACAAGCGUGCUAUUGUUUUUUGUCUUGGAGGGUACAGUCAAGUACCUCUAGAGUUCCAUGAUGUGACAGUGCACUCAUCCCAAACAAUGAGGCAAGUUUGUUGAACUGUUGCCAUUGCAGAAUUUUUGAAAAUGCAACACAUUUGAGAUUCUUUCGUUGCAAGGUUUAGAGGGAGAUUGAACAUAGAGUGAGCAGCUCUUCCCUCAUUGAGGAGGGGAUAGUUGCAUAAAUGUCCUUUACUAUUGAUGUAAUGAAUGCGGAAAUACACUCACUGACACACACACUCAUGUACAUAUGUAUGUGUAGAUGUGUUUAUCUGAGGCCUAAUGUAUAAAAAUUAUCACAGUCAUGCACACAGUCUAACAUACUCGCAUACAUACAUUAGCGCAUGCCUCAGGUGUAUCUCUGUCCCUGUGUUUGUCUCUCUCUUUAGGUGUGUGUGUGUGUGUCAGUCAUCACAAAAAUGUAUGUAUAUUCACAUACACAUAUUUCAGUCAUUGGCCUAAAGUACUUAGCAAACACAUAUACAAACUUGUGCAGAAAAUGUCAUCAUCAUGGUAUAAAAUGUCGUUUACAAUAGUUGACUUACAGAAAGAUAAAAUUUUUGUUAUGUAAAUGAAAAUGUUUAUUUGGUAGCUGAAAGAUUAACUUAAUCUUUUGAUACCCUAUAUGUCAACAUCGGUAUCUAAGUUUUCUAAUGCAUUAGGAACAUGCAUGCAUGCGUGCGCGCGCACACACACACACACACACACACACACACAAACUCUGCUUUAAAUAUUAAGAUAUAUUGUCAAUAUAUUUGUGCUUGCUCAUAAAAAUAUUUCACUUGUCAGUUUUGCUACAAUACCACUGGAAUACCACUGUGGUUGAAAAAUAUUUUGAUUUUGGAAUUUGCAUUUUAUGUUUUAAGACCAGAAUCUGUAAUUUUUGUCUUAGAUUUGUUUAGUGUGCUAAAUUGUAACAGAAUGUUGAGAUUAUAUUUGUAAUGGAAUUUUGAGGUUGUAUAUAGUGUUAUGAAAUUCUGUUGAUAUUUGUAAUCAGUAUCAUUACUCUCUCACCCCCACUCACUCUUCUUCACUCCACUGCUUUUGUCAGUUGCCUUUUUCAAGGCAAAAUCCCUUCCCACCUACAUUUGUCUAUAUUUCUCCAAAAUUUCAAAUGUCUUUAUAGAAGUUACCUUCUUUUUAGAUUUUAAACACACUUAGUAAGAUAAUCUUAGUUAACUGAGGUUUUUCAUGUCUUUAUAUGUAAAACCCUUCCAUAUGUGUAUUUAAGAUGAAGUUCCUGAGGUAUUUUCCUGCAAUCAUACAAGGGGGUACCUAAAAGAAACCAGAAUUUUGCAAUAUUUUAUUUACUUAGUUUUACACGUUUACACUUUUAUCACCUUCAGAGUAUUCUCAGUUUGAAGCAAUGCAUUAGUCCAGGUGCAUUUUCCACUAUUUGAAGCAAUGCUGGAACUCUUGCAAAGUGAUGCCUUUUAACACCUCCAUCGUUUUUUCUUCACCUCUACCACAUCUGCGAAUUCCAUAGCACAGCAUUCGUCACCAGUGAUGCUCCUGUUCUUUCGGUUCAUGAUACACAUUCACUCAUGACUACUUUUGAUCUUCCUUGAGCAAGCUAGGCACAAAUUUUACUGCAACUCCUUUCAUUCACAAUUCCUCUCAAAAUUCGUUGGGAGGAGCUCCAGGAAACCCCAAUCAUAUCAACAAGUUCAGUUGUUUGGUGGUGGUCCUCCAAGAUCAAUUCAUGAAUUUUCAUGUUUUCAUUCGGGAGCUCAGUGGGUGUCCUGAACAAGGUUGACUUUCAAGCAACAAAUGACCAUUCCUGAAGCAUGGAAAUCACUUGUAAACCUCUGUUUUGCUCAUGGUGGUGUCCUUGUAAGCUAUUUGAAGCCCAUUGUUUUCUGCAGCAGAAAACAGAAUUUCAGGAAGCACGGUGUUCCUUUAUUUCAGCCAUUGCAAAAAUUGACAAACACAGGAGCACUGCAAAACAUAAACGUGCCAUGUGGAAGUGCGACUUCACCCAAUGACGCUAGUCAAUAGACUGAUGCCUAAGGGUCACAUCAAGUGGCUUCUAGUAGCAGAAGCCUGAACUGCAACAGGUUUUUCCCACAGAGAACGUUUCCAGUUAUUUUUGGGUACCCCCUUGUAUUAUAGCUAAACUGUAUUGGUAUCCAUCAUUUGUACUAUCAGUAUUUUUGGAGGUUUGUUGGUAGGAAGGAAUUUGUUGAUCUUAUUGGAUAUAUGGUGCUGGUUCUUUCAGAUCUGGGUUUUGGUGUAAGUUCUUUCUUUCUGUUAAUAAUGCUAUCUUGUGCUUCUCGAAUGUACUUCAUAUUAACAAUCCUAGUUAGUUCCAAUGAUGCAUUUUACUAGCUCAUUGUUAGUGUCUUGUGCUCUUUUGCUAGUUAGUUCUUAUAGAAAGCUAUAUGAAAACAAACAAAAGGCUUUUCCUUCUGUUGUAACUAAAACAUGUUUAAUAUUUUAGAAACACUGCCAGAUUUCACAGACCCCAAUAGAACCAUCCAACCCAUGCUAGUGGAAAGCGGACGCUAAACGAUGAUGAUGAUGAUUCCUAAAACAAAAUAUGGGUAGUGUUAACUUAGGAUAUAACUGGAUCGUAGAUGGCAAAACCAAAAAUCUGAUACAUUACUCCAGCAAUAUUACUUAUUCAACUCCUAGUAGGUCUAUAUGCUUGUAAUUUACUAUGUUGUUUCUGUAUAUAUAUCUUCCUAUAUGCACAUUCUCAUCCAUUCUCUAUUAUACUGAUUUAUGGAUACUGUUCUCUAUGUACUCAAGCUAAUAUAUAUAUGUGCUUACGCACAUAGAUAUUCUAUAUAUAUAUAUACACAUACAUACACACACACUCCCAUCAAGUAUUGCUCUAAAUAUGAUUAGCUCAUUUCGUAAAUACAUAUAAUGCAUAAAUCUCAUGGGCCUAUGCACCAGCAUUAUGUGGGAGGUUCAUAUAAUAAAAAAAUAAAUAUAUGUGAUUUAACUUUAUAUUCUGACAUCAGUGGAUCAUCAUAAACUCUGACCUCGCUAGGGCACCCCUCAUCACAUCACAUAGCACAUGUAAACACAUAACAAUAAACACUUGAUUUAUCCAGUGCACUUCCACAUUACACUUAUACUACACCUUCUCUCUCUCUCAUAUAUAUAUCUGAAUGAUGAUUUAUAUACUAAAGCAGAUUGUUUCAUUUUCAUUUUUGUAAAUAAAAUUAAAAAACUGA